AUGGGGGCUACGAUGCAUGAUGAUCCAAUCCGUGAAUGGGUUCUAUCAGAAGGAAAGGCAACACAGAUUACAAGGAUUUGUUCCAUUGGUGGUGGAUGCAUCAAUCUUGCCCAUCGUUAUGACACUGAUGCUGGGUCCUUUUUUGUUAAAACAAAUAGGAGUAUUGUACCAUCAAUGUUUGAGGGAGAGGCUUUGGGUUUAGAUGCAAUGUACGAAACUGGAUCGAUUCGUGUGCCUAAACCAUUGAGCAGAGAAAUUCAUAUCACCUUGUUGGAGCCCUGCCAACAGGUGGUUCAUAUGGCAUUAUGGAAUGUAUUGAAUUUGGCUCUUCUAGAGGCAAUCAGUCUGCACUAG